UGCAUAGUGCACUGUAUGUGCGGUUGCAGUACAGUUCAGUUAACGUGUGGCGCUAUGCGAAUUGACUGACAUGAUAUAUCGUGCAUAAAAAUGGUGGCCAGCUGAACUGAACACGGUACCGCGAAGUUGUCCACACUAUUCCUACUUGUCCUACUCGUUGUCAUUUGAUGAUCCACACUCCACAACACCAAAAGACCAUAACUGAAUGCUGUAAAGCUUGGAUUUAAUAACCAUGGCCGACAUUGAUCCCGAUUUCGACGAGCCACAGGCUCGUCCUCGCUCCUGCACUUGGCCACUCCGGCGACCGGACUUUCUGAAGAAACCGUCCGGGCCACAACCGUCGUCCGGGGAAGGCACGCCCGCUGCCGUGGCUGAGGAGAUCCAGGACCCUAAUCUUCCCGUGCAACAGGUCGAAAGUCCCGACAUCAAGCAGGAUUUGGCUGCCGUUGCCACCAACAGAAAGAACUGUUCCCGGAGAAAUGCUUGGGGAAACUUGUCUUACGCGGACUUGAUCACAAAAGCGAUCCAAAGUGCGCCAGAGCAGAGGCUGACACUGUCACAAAUUUACGACUGGAUGGUCAAAAAUGUCCCCUUCUUCAAGGACAAGGGUGACAGCAACAGUUCGGCGGGAUGGAAAAAUUCUAUCAGACACAACUUGUCAUUGCACAGUCGAUUUGUGCGAGUGCAAAAUGAAGGCACGGGCAAGAGCUCCUGGUGGAUGAUCAACCCUGAUGCUAAGCCGGGCAAGUCAUCUCGACGACGCGCAUCAAGCAUGGAUACCAACAAUCCCAAGUGGGAGAAGAAGCGCGGCCGAGCUAAGAAGAAGGUCCUGGAGGAGAGGGCAAAGUGGAGCACCAGUCCCACGCCCAAGUUUGAAGGAGAGCCAGAGAACUCGCUCUCGCUCGCACUGAGCUCGGAGUUCCGUUCCCGAGCCAGCUCCAAUGCCAGCAGCUGCGGUCGUCUGUCUCCCAUCAAUCAGAUCGACGACAUGCAUGAUAACGAAGUCCCACCCAUGUCACCGGUACCCUAUGACCUCGGCCACCACCAGACCCAACCCUACGAGAGUCCCGAUCACUUACACACCGACCAACUGACGUCUCUCGCCCAAGCCAUGAGUCUAAACACCUCCCUAAACGGCUCGGUCAGCUCCGACCUGAACAGUCCCGUUGAGCAGCUCCGAGUCCCGACACCCAUGAGGCCCUCUCCAAAACACACAAGCCGCGGGAAUCUAUUCCAGAACAACGUGACCAGCAACUCUAACAGCUACAUGACGUUCUCGCCGGCACCGAGCUACAGCGGUUCUGACCGGUCCCCCGUACACAGUAACGUCCAAAGCCCUGCGUACAGCCCUUACGGACAGAACUCUGCGAUGAGUCCUAUUCCACAGCAGCAACGCUGCUCCCCAUCCAUGAGUGUCACCGACAUGUCACAGCAGUUCAUUAACAUACCUCAACCUCAACCCGCCUCGUUCUCCAUGAUGCCACAUCAGGAUACCAGUAUGACAACCAACGGGGCCAUCCUGUCGAAACGUGAUCCCAUGCUGUCUCACUCGACCCUCCAACCUGGCAGCAUGAUGCAUCAGCGGCCCACCAACCUGCAGCCGACCUGCCGCGUGCAGACCAACAUGGCGCAAGGCCGGUCCUUACAAGGCUUCAGCCCCCAGACCAGCCCCAGUAACCCCCUCACUUCCAUGCUCCAGCUGAAUCCGGUCAUCACGGCCGCCCAGAAUAACCACAUGUCCAGCCCCACCCACGCAGCCAUGAAUCUCCAGUACACCCAAUCCUCGAUGACCCUACCCAUCCAAAGCAUUCCCAUGAACAGCUCCAACGACAAGGUUCCUAGCGACCUUCAGAGUCUGGACGUUGACAUGUUCAAAGGCAUGGAUUGUGACAUUGAUUCCGUCAUUCGGAAUGAGCUGAUGGACGACGGCAACCUAGAUUUCAACUUUGAGGGACUCAUCAAUCAAACAGUGACGUCAACACCAAGUUGGGUGCAUUAAUAAUCCACAGGUUAGUAUAGCAUCUUUAGUCUUCUAUCCCCUCCUACCUCAUCCUAGUUCACCAAUUUCUCAUUGCUUCCAGAGUUUUGGCAAAAACAAACUUGUCAAAAUUUGUUUUGACUUCAACUUUGAAUCAACAUGGCAUGAGACGCACAGGAUUGGAUGGUUCGCAGCUCAGUUAUUGAAUAGCAAUUUGAGUGAAUUCAAAAUGGAUUCCAUUUUUUUUCUAUAUUUUGUAAAAUUUAAGUUUUGCUCCCUUCAUCUGAGUUCAUUUUUCUAGAGUCAUUGACCUUCGCAGCUGGGUUGGAUUUAAAGGAUCACAUUUUACCGUCAAUAUUUGCUACAGUGUCUGCAUUUUGUAAAUACCAAAUAUCAAUGGAAAUAGGAAACCGAGACAACCAAUCCCACAAAAUCCGCGGAAAGUUGCAUGUAAAAUGCAUGCAACUCAUUCCUCUCCCACUUUCCCAAUGCUACAAAGAUCUGA